AUGAGAUCUCUGCGCCUGUCGGGGCUGUCCUCGGCGCGGCUCCCCGGCGUCUCGCUGCCGGGCGCCUGGGAAGACUUCGUGUGGGCGAGCGGCGAGGCGGAGGAGGCGGCGGCGGGGGGCCGCCUGCGGCUGCUGGCCGUCACCGAGGCGCGGGCGCUGCUCCUCUACGAGGCGGCUUCCGAGUCCGGGCGGUGGGACGCGACCCUCCUGCGCGGCGUCCCCGAAGAGCGGCUGCGGGCCCUGGCGGCCUCCCGGGACGCAGACUUACUAUCUAUUUCAUCCUUGCAAGUGCUGUCAUUUAAAAAUAGCAGAGCUAUACUGUUGCUCAACAACUUUAUGAUUGUACACCUAAUUUUUCCUGGAGGAGAACUGGGGGAAGAGGUGGAAGGCUGCUUUAGACUUGAUUUGCCCCCACAAACUUUGGAAAGGACAGUAAAUGUUACUUUCUGCAGAGGUAUCAUCUUCUUGCUGGAUGAGACCGGAUGGAUACAUAUAUUUGGUGCUAUCGAUGGUGCCUAUUUGGCCCACAUCAGUGUUUCUCUCUAUCAGUCACGGGGGCAAGAAGAGGGAAACCAGGAUAUGCCAUUUCCUCUUGUGCAGCUAAGUAUAUCAUAUGAUCUCAGCAUGGCUGUGGUUGUCAGCCGCUCCAGCUGUGUUGCUGCUGUUGACCUCAACUUGUACUUCAGAGAAUAUCCUGACCAUUUAUUUUGCAAGCAGCAAAGCUUUGAGGGGCUGGAUGAAGAUGACCUCAGUAGUUCAGGUUUCAGCAUGAAGUCCUUGCAGCCUUUAUUUCAGACGGACAGAUCCCGGAAGACACACGUACUACCUUUGAAUGAUAUACACUCACACAAUUAUUCUCCACAUUUGGAUACGGAUGUUGAGUUGCCUUGGUAUCAGCAUCUUCUGCCCUUGGAACCUCUUAACUCCAAGACUUGGGACACUUCUGCAGCGUCCCUCUUUCAAGAGGUUGCGUUUGUUCUUUCAAGCUCCAGAGGGAAAGAUACUAAAAGCACCAAAGACAGGCGAUGGAAGAAUAUACAUUUAAGUGACCCAGAAGAGCCUGGGAAUCUUGAUUGUAAACAGGUGACAGGUUUUCACGUGCUGUUCACUGUCUCAAGUGAGAGCGAAGGACUGACUCUUGUCCUGUGGGAUUUGGUGACCCAGGAUAUCACACAGUCUUGUGUGGGGAAAAACUCCUUUUUUGUGGAAUAUACCAGGGAGGAACCACUAUGGCUUGUCCUUUCAGAGACUGGCCUCUCCUUGUUCCUGUUUGGCUUUACACAAGAGGAAUUCUUGAACAGACUGAUCAUCUAUGGAAGCGCUAGCACUGUAGAUUCCCUUUGCCGCCUCAAUGGAUGGGGAAGGUGUUCUAUUCCGGUCCAUGCCUUAGAGGCUGGUUUAGAGAACCGACAGUUGGACACUGUGGAUUUUUUCCUCAAGAAUAAAGAGAACAUUUUCAGUCUGUCUGAAGCAAGCUCUGUGCAAGAUCAGCCUGUAAAUAAUAUGUCAGAUUUUUACUUGAAGAGUGUUGAAGAAUUGAGGCCAGCGUUGGAUUUACUUUGUAAGGCAAUUCAAGAAAAUGAUGUGGAGACCCAGAGCAAGCAUUUCUCUGAGCAGCUGUUGAACCUCACCUUAUCUUUUCUCAACAAACAACUCCGUGAGAUUUUUACACACAGAGAAGAGGUGGAUGAAAACAUGGUCCAGUGCAUUGACAUUUUAACCAGCUACAUCACUAAACUCAGGACACUUAUGAUCAGGUUCCCUCAUAAGCCAUUUGGUGUCGUAAGCCAGCCCUGGGAUUCUGAAGAUAACCUACCCCAAAUGGACCAAAGACACUGGGAAGCAUUUGAUACAGAGCAAGCAGUUACUGAAGCCCUUCUAAGCAACAGAGUGCCAGAGGCACAAACCUUUUUCCGUUUGACUCACAACCCUGCCCAGGAUCUCGGGCAGCUCACCCGGAUAGGCCUGGAGAUGGCUUACAAAAGCCUCCUGAAGAAUGACAUCAGUGAAGCUUCCAGACUUUUAAGGAACAUGGGCCUCAGUGUGAAGCAGCAACUGCACAAAAUAUGUUUCUAUACAACAGAUUACCAUGUCAGGGAUUUCUUGGUGAGUGCCUUACAAGAGGAAGAUGUUCUUCCUGAAACAGAGAAGGAAAUGAUAGACUUUGUGCAUGAGGUGGAAAAUAUUUAUUCAGGCACCUUCCAGAGAAAGGAAAAGAACGCAGCUUGUUGCAGGUCUUGGAGAAAAGAACCAGAUGGUAUCAACGUUGCUGCUUUGGAUUCCUUUCUGAGCUGCACUCAAGACAGAAUUCAUAACAGGGAGCACAGGGUAAUGCUAAACUGGGCUGAGUGGUGGUCUCCAUCUACACGGGAAAGGGUUCUCCUCCUUGUGAGAGCUCAGGAAGGGGAAUUUAGGUUCUGUAAUCCUGAGGCCCUCUGGAUGUAUUUGUCGUCUUGGCACGAUUGGGUAAAUAUCAGUUCAUGGAUUUCUGAAUCCCGACCUGAAGGCAGCCCUGCAAACUGGCCGCCCCUCCCUCUAGGAGCCAUUGGCCGGAGGACCUUAUGCAGCCACUACUUGCGAAAUGAAGUCUUGGACAUCCUAGCUAGAAAUGGGACUUUUGUGCCCGCAGAACUCGAAGACUUUGAAGGCCUGCUGCAAAGGGUGGCCUGCACCGGAGGCCUGAUGCAGGAGCCGCAUCCUCUCCUGGGCUACGUCUCUGCAGGCGGCCUAGAGCUUCACGCAUGCUUUAUCCUUUAUUGCUUAGAACGGGGGCUGGACCAUAUUCUCUACUCCUACCUGGAUUAUUACCGUUUAUUUUCAUCAGCCUGUCCCAUUUUGAACGAUAAAGAGCUACGUGAAGCUCACCCUUGGUUUGAAUUUUUAGUGCAAUGUCGGGAUAUUGCCAACAAUCCUGGAGAUGCAGACAUGAUUUUUCAGGCUAGCCUAGCCAAUGCCCAGAUCUUGAUUCCCAGCAACCAGGCCAGCGUGAGCACCAUGCUGUUGGAGGGACGAACCCUUCUUGCCCUCGCUACCACCAUGUUCGCCAGGGGAGGGAUUGACCAGAUUGUUCAGAAGGGAGACGGAAGAGAGAAGGUGGAUGCGCAACUCUUCAGGAUGGCACUUGCUCCUUACCCCAAGCUUAGAGCUGCCCUCUUCCCUCAGAUCACGCCUCACGGGAUCCCCCCUCCCGACCUUUCUCUCUAUCACCUUGUUCAGUGCUUGGCUCCCUUUGACUCCACCAAGUUGUUUGGCUGGCAGUCAGCAAAUACGCUCGCCAUUCCUGAUAUUUGCAGCGACCUGCCUCACUUCUCAUGCUCAGCUCUUGUAAACAAGCAUGCUAUAAUAGAGAAUCUUGACUUCUCCUAUUACUUACAUCAUGAGCGCCCCUCGUUUGCUUUCGGGGCGUUUUUAACUCAGCAGCUAUCGAAGAGUGACCUCCCAAAGGAGUUGGUUCAGCAGGUGGCCAAGGAGGCCUACGCCCUGGCCCUCUCGGUCUUCUAUGUGCCUCCUCUGGCUGCAACCUCUGUCUGCUUCCUGGAGAUGCUGGGCCUGCAGAGUCUGAAGCUCAGGGUGGAUGCCAAAGCCGCCAACGUGAUUCUGAGCUUCAUGUCCAGGAGAGAGGAGCCCCAGCACCACUCCAUCCGGCAGUCCUUGGUGGAGAAGCUGGGAGAGCUGGCUGAUGGAGAGAGAACUGCAGCCGAAGACCUGCUCGUCUGCUUGGAGGAAGCCGUUUGGGAGAAGGUGGACCAUCAGGAGAUCAACAAGACCUCGGGCGAGGCGAGGCGGCACUGGUCCCUGGUCAUCCAGUUUUGCCAGCUCCACCAUAUCAAGCUGAGCACGUCGUACCUGAGGGCCUGUGCGCGUUCGAACGAAUGGCUGCAGUUUGUGACUGAAGCGCAAAUGCACGGCUACCAGCCAGCGGAGGUGAUCCCUCUCCUCCGGGACUUCCCCCUGCCCCUGCGGGAGCACUUGGAGCUGGCCCUGGGCCAUUUGCAGCCCCCGAAGGAGGGUGACUUGCAGGCGCUUGAGCAGAAGCCGCAGGACCUGUUCCACGUCCUGCUCCAGAGCCAGGAGCAGCCGUGCCCUUGGCGACACCUCUUGGCUGCCUCGGUGAAGCACCAGGCGCCCGUCCUGAGCGUGCUCGCUGCUUGCUCCCAGGAUGCCAGCAUUCUCCAUUGUCUCUGUGUUUGGAUAAUAACGUCCAUGGACCGUUCUGCCACCCGUGAGGUGAUCGGGCACAUCGAAGGCAAGGUUGAAACCCAUGAGUGGAGCCUUGCAGACCUGGCCCUUCUCUGGCACUGGCUGUUGGAGAGAGGGAAGGCCAGGACCCUCCUUCAUGGCUUCCAGCUCUUCCUGAAGGAUUCUCCUUUGCUGAUAAUGUUGGAGGUGUAUGAAUUGUGCAUGGACUACAAAAGUUACAGCCAAGCCAAGAUCAAACUUCUCACAUUUCAAGACAGCCUUUCAAAACUUCAAGCUGAGUGUGAGAGGGGGCUGCCCGUCCUCCCUGGGCCCUGGCUGGAGAUGCAGGCCUCCUUCCUACUCGAGCUGAUGCUGCACCAGUGCAGAACAGAGUACGAAUUCAGAAAGCUCCUCGAACUGCUUGCAGAUGCAGGAACGGCUCUUCUCCAAGGGCCAGAUCUGAAGAAGCUCAGUGCCCUGAGUGCCAUCUUGAAGGAUUCGCCCAUCUCCGUCAGUCGGACUCUGCUGAGCAAUUACAGCCUUGAGAGGUUCCAGGAGGAGUGCCAAAGGAUUCUGGAGCAGCUGCAGGAGAGCAGCUCUUUUUCUGUGGCUCGCAACGUAGCAGAACUGGCAGCACUGCCUGUAGACAACGUGGUUAUUCAGGAGGUGCUCCAGAACAUCCUUCUCUUGAAACAGAUCGGCCACUGGACUCAAAAACGGACAAGGGUCGGGUUCUGGAAAAAGUGCCACGAGAACUACGUGCAAAAUGCCGUCUCUAAUCGGGCUGCCUCCAGCUUCUUCGCGGCUCAGGUAGACUUGGUCUCGGAGGGCCCGGAGGAUCAGAGGGGGUCCGGCAUCUCCGAGAGGCAACUCCUGCUUACUUUAGCUGGACACUGGCUGGCCAGAAGUGACCCGAUUCCUGUUGAUGAUCUGGAAAAGAUAGAGAAGGAAAUUUGGCGGUGCCACAUCACGCGACAGACUUUCAGCCAAGGCACAGGGCAGAUGGAGCCCAGAGGUUCUCACCAGGUUUCCAUAAGUAGUGAGCUGUCCUUUGACUCCUUAGCUAAGGAAUUCUCCUUUUCUAAGGUUGCUGCUUUAAGCACUCCUAAGUAUCUGGAGCUCAGAGGUUUCCCUUCCCAGGACACAUCCACAGUUAUGCUUUCCAAAGCUGAAGUGGGGUCCCUGAGUUUUCUGAUUGGGCGUCUUCUGGAUGAAGGAAGCGUGCAUGAAGCUGCCCGGCUUUGCCGCUAUUUCAGCUUCUACAACAGAGACGUAGCGCUGAUCUUGCACUGCAGAAGGCUGGCCUUGGGAGAGGCCGCUCAGCGCUGCUUCCAUCCGGAGAUCCAGGCUCUCCUGGCAGCUGAGAGCAGCAAGAGGCAUAGAGGAGAAGCGGCAGCCGAAAAGAAACGGUUGAAGAGUUCCUCAAGCCUCGAUUCCUGGCCCUCGGUGGAGGGCUCCUCUCCGGACAGCGGAGUUGUUGGCAGCCUGCAGACUUUAGUUGCAGAAUGUGUGCAUGGCCGGAAUUAUUGUCGUCAGACUCUCUACCUUUACGAACUCUCCAAAGAGCUUGGCUGUUCCUUCAGCGAGAUCGCCGUCCAUGAUUCGGAGAAGCUGCUUCGGGCCAUCCUGUCCUCACAGCAGCCAGACUGGUACAAGAAGGCCCAGGCCUUCAUCACCAACCAGGGGCUGGAGCCGGGGGCUGUGGCUGAGCUUGUGGCCGAGGAAAUCACACGCGAGCUGCUGGUGCCUUCCCAGGGAAGAGGCACCCUCAACCCUGCCGAGGAGAGCCAGAGGUUCCUGCAACUGGCCAAGCUUUGCCAGGACCACACACUUGUCGGCAUGAAACUGCUGGAUAAGGUUUCCUCCGUGCCCCAUGGGGAGCUUGCCUGUACUGUGGAGCUCCUGAUACUGGCCCACAACUGUUUCAGCUUGACUUGCCACAUGGAGGGGAUUACUCGUGUCCUCCAAGCUGCCCGGCUGCUCACAGAUGAACACUUGGCGCCAAACGAAGAGUACGGCCUCGUGGUUCGACUUCUCACUGGCAUCGGCAGAUACAAUGAGAUGACCUACAUCUUUGACCUGCUCCAUGAAAAACAUUACUUUGAGGUGCUGAUGAGAAAGAAGUUGGACCCGAACGGGACCCUCAAGACAGCCCUGCUAGACUACAUCAAGCGUUGCCGGCCGGGAGACAGCGAGAAGCACAACAUGAUUGCCCUCUGCUUCAGCAUGUGCCGGGAGAUUGGGGAGAACCACGAGGCUGCGGCCAACGUCCAGCUGAAGCUCAUUGAAUCCCAGCCAUGGGAGGAGAGCCUUCUGGACGUGCCAAGCUUGAAGAAGCUCCUGAUGAAAGCCCUCACCCUCUUCCUGGAUGCUGCAGAGAGCUACUCCAAGGACUUCUGCGUGUGCCAGUCCUUGCGCUGCAGGAAGUUGGCCAGACUCAUCACCCUGCAGCUCCACUUCCUGACUACUCCCCACAAGACCCAGCUGAUCAACCUGAGGCGGGGGAGCUUGCUGCCCUGCGUCCUGGCCCUGCCCAGGUUCUACCAGGCAGCCGUGGUGGCCGAGGCGUAUGACUUUACCCCGGACUGGUCUGAGGUGCUCCAUCAGCAGGUGAUCCUGAAGGGCGACUUCAGCUACCUGGAGGAGUACAAGCAGCAGGGGCUGCUCAAGGCCGGCACCUUUGAAGAGGUCGCCCAGAAGUUCAAGCAGCAGGCAGCGAGUGAGUCUGCUGUAAGAAACCUGAAGAAGCUCCUGACUUACUGUGAGGACAUUUACGUCUAUUACAAGCUCGCCUAUGACAACCAGUUCUACGAUGUGGUGAACAUGCUCCUGAAUGACGCCCAGACAGGCUGCUGUCUCAACGAUUUGCUGGCCAAUUAGCUCAUCCUGGCUGGACAAAGCAGAACUGUAACCGGUGCCCUCACAAACUUCAGACAAGCCAGAAAAAUAAACUUAGGGAAUUACAUUUUCAAUAAUCCAGAGGAAAGAUUACUGGAGAUGCUGUUUUUCAGAUGAUGUGAACUGCACAAAAUAUUGAGGAUUAUUAAUCUUGGACGUAGUGUCAAAUAUAUUGAUUUCUGAAGUCAGACUGGAACACAACUGCCAUUGGAUUUGAACUUCACAUUGAAGACCAACUUCCGUGGCUAAAGCUUAGAGAUAGUUUUGAAUUAUCUCAUGGCCAAACAGAGAGCCAAACAUAUCUGAAUUUGACCUGGGAAUUAUCUCGGAACUAUUUUUUCUUCCAUGCCAGAAAUAGCUUUUUCAGAUCUGUUUUUGGACCUAUUAGAAUAGCUUUGCAAAUUUGCUAUUUUGGAUUUCAGUGACUGCAGAAUCAGAGUUGAAGCCCAAGUAGGCAUUGUGGUUCUGUGUACGUGUCACUUCCCAGGAACUUGCAAAAGUGGCCAACUGUGCCGAUAGCAGUAUGCCUGGACGGAUCGGGCGUAUGACUGGCUCAAAGAACCAGAAAACGUUGGUGUUCCGUUAAUUUGGAGUGUGGGGAAAGCUGGACACUUUAGACAUUGGGAAAGGAGGCCGAGUGUGGGCUGGUAGCCAAGGCUGGUUAGACACCUUUCCUCCCCUGGGAAGCCACAGCAAUAAAGGAGGGCUCCCCGUUGCUUUUGCUCCUUCCUUCAGAGCCAUCGAGGGUUGAGUCUGGGUGCCGUGCCGUGGCUACUAAUUACCAUCCUGUCCUUAAAAAUAGUACAAUUUAGCCACUCACGUGCUUAGAAAGAGGAGCCAUUAUUGGAUUGGCUCAUGUCUUGAGACAUUACCUGUAUUUUCUUUGGGGGGGGGAAUCUUUCCAGUCUGGCGAUUAAUGGAGGGCAGCCUCAGACUGAAGAGGGGAAGGUGUGGCCAGAACCGGGCAAUCCACACGGUCACUUGAGUGGGUUGAGAGAAGAGCCGCUUUCCCUCGGCCCUUUGGUCCCUUGUCAGCCACUGUUAUUGCCCGUGGGAAAAGCACAAGCUGACCAAAGAUCUCAGUCCUCACAAUAGUGAUUUUAUUAAAUUAGUUGCUUUUAUAAAA